UUCUCACUCUUCCUCCUUUUUCCAAGCUUAAUAUUUUGAGAUGAACCCUGAAAGCCUGAUAGCUUCAGCGGCCAUAAACAUAGGGCUGGCCAUUUUCAUCCUCACCCUCUUCUCCAUCCUCAAGAAGCAGCCCUCCAACGACCCCAUCUACUUUCCUCGCCGCCUCUCUGAAUCUCAACGCCAAAGCCAAAGCCAGAGCCCUAGCCACCGCCGCGACGAAAAUCGCUCCGCUCUCUCUCUCCGCCGCUUCCUCCCUUCCGUCUCUUGGAUUUCCCGCGCUUUUCGCGUCUCUGAGGACGAAAUUCUCCAAACCAACGGCCUCGACGCUCUUAUAAUCAUCCGCCUCUUCAAGUUCGGUAUAAAAUUCUUUGUGGUAUGCUCUCUUGUUGGAUUGCUGAUACUUCUGCCAGUAAAUUAUAGCGGCGACGGUCUUACCGCUAUAAGCCACCAUUCCUUGGAUUCUUUCACAAUAUCUAACAUUAGUCCAGGUUCCAACAGGCUUUGGGUGCAUUUUUCAUGUCUAUGGUUUAUAUCUCUCUAUGGGGUAUACCUACUGUACAAGGAAUAUAAUGAGAUUUUGGCUAAAAGGAUUCAACAACUUCUGAACAUUAGGCAUCAGCCUAAUCAGUUUACUGUUCUGGUUCGGGAAAUUCCCUUCUGCAGCCAACACAAGUCUCGUGGGUGUUGUGUUGAAAAAUUCUUCUCUAAGCAUCAUCCAUGUGCUUAUCAUUCUUAUCAGAUUUUGUAUGAUGGAAAAGAAUUUAAGGAGUUGUUGAAUCAGGCAAAAUCCAUUGAAAAAAGGAUAGAGGACUUGAGAAGGCGGUCUGUGGUCAAGAAGCAUAACCAAACACCUUUGCUUUUGAAUCCGUCUAAAGAAGAUUCUGUGAAAUUAUCCUUGUACGAGGAAAAUCUUGAAGAACUUCAUCACAAGAUACACCAAUUACAGUGUGAAGAUAUGCUCAAAGAAAAGGAAUUGCCUGUUGCUUUUGUUACAUUCAAGUCUCGGUUGGGUGCAGCGCUAGUUGCCCAAUCUCAGCAGCACUCAAAUCCAGUUCUUUGGAUCACUGACGCAGCUCCAGAACCCAGGGAUGUAUCAUGGAGAAAUUUGGCAAUUCCACACAGAGUUUUGCCACUUUGCAAUUUUGGAGUUAUUGUUGCAGCCUCUCUUCUUACAAUUUUCUUUGCCAUCCCAGUCACUGCAGUCCAAGGGAUAGCCAAAUUUGAGAAACUAAAGAAAUGGUUUCCUCCAGCCAUGGCUGUACAGUUGAUACCAGGGUUAAGCUCUAUUAUAACAGGGUAUCUUCCAAGUGCCGUUCUGAAAGGGUUCAUAUACAUUGUUCCAUUUGCAAUGCUUGGAAUGGCAAAACUAGCAGGCUGUAUCUCAAAGAGCAAGGAGGAAAUAAAAGCUUGCAACAUGGUUUUUUAUUUUCUAGUGGGAAAUGUGUUCUUUUGGAGCUUGUUAUCUGGAUCCUUAAUAGAUGAAAUUGGGGAAUCUUUUACUCAUCCAAAAGAUUUUCCUAGUCACCUUGCAAGUGCUGUCUCUGCUCAAGCAGAUUUCUUUUUGACAUAUAUUUUGACAGAUGGGCUGUCAGGGUUUUCUUUGGAGAUCCUCCAACCAGGAUUACUUUGUUGGGAUGCUAUAAAGUCCUGUACAUAUGGCCGUGGAAAAGAGAAAACCCCGUAUCUUUACUCGUUACCUUACUACAGAAUCAUUCCUUUGGUCUCACUGUCUGUGCUGAUUGGUAUAGUGUAUGCUGUUGUCGCACCUCUUCUGCUCCCCUUUCUGAUUGGUUACUUCUUGCUUGGCUAUGCUGUGUUUAUAAAUCAGAUUGAAGAUGUGUAUGAAACCGUUUAUGAGACGUGUGGACAGUUUUGGCCUUGCAUCCAUCAUUAUAUUCUCAUUGCAAUCAUUCUCAUGCAAAUCACUAUGAUUGGUAUUUUUGGACUGAAAUCAAAGCCAGCAGCGUCCAUUUCCACAAUUCCACUUCUCGUGCUGACUUUGAUGUUUAAUGAGUACUGCAAGAUGCGUUUUCUUCCUACAUUCAACCUUUUAUCUAUUCAGAAUGCCAAGGAAUUUGAUGAACUUGAUGAGAAGUGCAAUCAGGUGGAGUUUAACUAUGAGAAUGCUAGCACUGCUUAUUGCCCACCUUGUUUGCGCCCUCUGAACUGCAUGGAAUCAGGGUCAAGCUGCACGGCGCCGUUAGUUUCCUCUUCUUCGUUUUAAACUCGAGCUACCCCCAAUACCCAUAUUUUCAUGUGGAAAAUCAAUGGCAAGAAAACUCCUUUCCUAUCCAUGGUGUAACUACUUUUUACAUGUUUCAUCAUCAUCACCAAGUAAGAAGCUUCAUGCA